AUGGUAGCCGAACCAGUUCAUGCAACUAUCGAAACGUUGUCAUACUUGUAUGGUAAAGCCUCGGAUUUUAUAUCCACAAACCAUGAUAAUAUUGUUAAUUCCGAACUUUUUGAUCAGUUGAGUCAACUAGUUAAUAUUAGCCAACAUGAUAUUAAUAUCCAUAUUUCACCAUCAGUAAGGAAACCUCCUCCCACGAGAUUUGUUAGUGGGAUUAGUGAGAAUGUUAAACAUCAUAAAUUACAAUAUUUAACUAUUUUUACAAUAGGAUUAGGUACAGCAUCAUAUGUGUGGUAUGAAAAGGUGUAUAAACCGGCAUUAUUACAUCAAAGCAAGAAAGAUUCCAGCAACCAAAGAUAUAAACGAAGAGUACCUAAACUAUCGAAUGGAGCUAGAGCAGAUGUAGUUUUAGUUAUUGGAUCUCCUACUGAACCAUUAACAAGAUUGAUUGCCUUAGACUUUGAAAAGAGAGGUUUUAUUGUAUACCUUACCAUAUUGGAUGAUAAAGAUUUUAAAUAUGCCGAAUCUAAUCCAAUAACUGAUGAUAUUAAUUAUUUGAAUUUGAAUGAAUCUGCUAGCUUUGAAAGUCAAUUAAUAAAAUUUAAUCAUUUAUUGGAAUUGCCAGUUAUACCAUUCCCAGGAGCCGAAGCUCAUAAUUUAAAAUUGAAAGCAAUUGUUUUUGCUCCUCUGCUUUAUUUUCCCAUAGGUCCAAUAGAAAACAUUACUGUUUCCACAUGGUCAAGAUUACAAGAUAAAAUUUUCAUUUAUUUGAAAUUGUUUUCUUCAGGAUUAAUUCAAUUAUCCCGAGAUCAAGCCAGUAAAAUAAUUUUUAUAUAUCCAUCAAUAAUAAGUUCAUUAUCUAUACCUUAUCAUUCACCAGAAACAUUAUUUCAGAACCAGUUAAGAAAUUUAUUUACUACUUUAACUAGAGAAGUUCAUCAACAUGGAUUAUCAGUAACUCAAGUCAGAUUGGGUAAUUUACAAAUAUCAAGUCAAAGAAACAAUACUUCAAAUGAUAGGAUUUCAACUUUAGUAAAUUCGGAAAUAAAAGCAUGGGAUGAUGAUAUUAAAGAUCUUUAUGCUAAAAGCUUCUCUCAAUCACAAUUUAAAUCAAAUCCUAUAAAAUCAACUGGUGGUAAAGGGACAAGUUUAAGAGAAUUAUAUCAUACAUUAUUUGAUUUGAUUUACUCUACAAAACGGAGAAAUCCUGCUAUUGUAUAUUGUGGAACAGGAGCAAGAUCUUAUGACAUAAUAUCUCGAAUCUUUCCCGAGUCUUGGAUAGAAUGGUUAUUAAGAUAG